AUGACAACAACGCCCUCGGAUAAGAAUGUUGUCAUUGAGGAUGGCAUCACACAGUUAGAUGGAACAGAAUUACCACGCAUUCUCGUGAGCACUCCUCCAAUCCCUGAAGAGACGAACUUGCGCAGCCACACAGAUAGAAUACGUGCAGAUGGCUCAGUGACGUGUGGAAUGGAAAGGAGCCAAGGAAGGGAGAGUGAAGAAGCGGCGGAUGUCGAAAGUGACAUUUACGGAGAGGUGGUAAGUGCCAGCAAUAUUUGCAUAGGUUUCACGAUAUCGAAUUGGAAGUUUCAUGAUUCUUCUGGCCCAUACUGGUAUUAUGCGUUCUUAGAGACUGCAGACAGAUCAAACGAAUUGAGUAGCUGUCAGGUAUUUGGAUAUGGAACUGGACAUUUUUAUAACGAUUUGUGUGCCAGCUUGUGGUUCACAUAUCUUUUGUUAUUUAUGGAAAAAGUGAUUGUAAUGCGCAGUUCUACAGCGGGUUUAAUCAUGCUAAUAGGCCAGGCUACUGAUGCAAUGAGCACGGCGUUCAUUGGAGUUCUGAGCGAUUCGAAAUCUGCACCACUUUGUUUUCGACACUGUGGACAAAGGAAGUCAUGGCAUGCUUUUGGUACCGUAUUAGUUACUUUUUCAUUUCCAUUUAUUUAUAAUAAGUGCCUCAUAUGUGGUCAAUCAACGACUGAUUGGGAAGUUUUUGUAUGGUAUGCACCAUAUGUAAUUAUAUUUCAAUUUGGAUGGGCUGCUGUGCAAGUCUCACAUUUGGCUUUGUUACCGGAGCUGACAUGUAAUGAAAGCCGUCGAACGAUGAUGAACUCUGUUAGGCAUGGAUUCACGGUUAUUGCAAAUCUAAUUGUUUUCUCACUGCUCUCAGUACUGUUAUAUUUUGACGAUAAAGGCUCUGCAAUUGGUCCAUUGGAUCUUUGGCAUUUCAGUACAGUGUCGGGAAUGGUUAUCGUUUUGGGACUUUUUAUGGAAAUUAUUUUUUAUACCGUAAUAAAUGAGCCUUCAAGAACUGAUCGUGUUAUUGUGUCUGCUCAUUUGCGAUAUCAGUCUGGAAUCUUACAUUCAUUCAAAUUAUCACUCCUUAAGUGGAUGUAUCGUCUUCAGUUUUACCAGAGUUUAGCUUUUGUUGGGUGUUUGUGUGGCAUUGCAAGUUGCAUGGUGAUGCUGUUUGAUAUUUAUUUUCCAGUUCAUAUUAUUGCUGUUCUUUUGGGUAUAGCCCAAGCAAUUUUGUUAAUAACUUCACUUUCUGCAGUGGCAAAACUUAUUAGACAAGAUACAAGGAAUGGUGCCUUUGUUUACGGCAUUUUCAGUUCGAUGGACAAGAUUUCAAACGGAUUAGCUUUGCAAAUAGUCCAACUGUUCAGUCCGUCUUCCUGCGUAGCGAUCGAAAGUGCAGUUGACUGUAUAAGGUUCUACCGAGUGGUGGUUACUGUUGUGCCUGGCGCUUGUCUUCUGAUUGCGUUCUUCGUACUCCUUUCUCUAGUAAUAAGCGAGAGGUGGAACAGCAGGGAUCUUUCUCCGGUGUUUGAGGAUUCACUGUCCAAUGCGGGUUCAAAUCAACAGCUGUGCAGGUGA